ACGUUAUAGUAUAGGAUAAACGACUUUAUUUCCAAGACUAUUAAGGAAAGAUCGCUAACACGGUUUAUAAUUGAGGCUUGUACGUGUACCAUAUGUCUACCAGUUUUCGCCGAAUGUUACCACGGGCAGUCGCGUAUGUUGUACACACAUCGAUUUAUUAACCAACCGUUACCGUUGCUUAGAAUGUCAUGGAACUGUAAUACAUUCUGCUAAUACCAAUCUGUCAAACUUGCGGUUAAAAACCAAAAAUACCAGUCAUGGGUAGAAGCGGAGCUAAAUUGGCGCCAAAACAUGCCAGUAAAAGUAGCAAAUCGACUGUAUCCUCCUCAAAACCUAAGCCCACUUCCUCUAAACUUCCCACGAUAACUCCAUCAACCUCAAGCAAAACGUUAACACCUUACAGUUCUGGAAAGAAUAAAUCAUCUACAUCCUUUGGUGUAAUAUGGCUACCGAUUAGGAAACAACGCAAACACAAAGAUUAUGUGUACAACGCCUAUAAACCAAAUGACAAAAAUAAAGAACGUACGCCAUCUAUGUACAAUUUGAUGUCUGGUGACUCGUCAAACCAUCACACCCUUCCAAAGAUGGACGAAGAUUCCGUGAAGGAUAAAGGACCGGUCGUUUUGGAUGGUGUAGCAACGGUAGCAGUAUUGGAUCGAGGACUUGCUGACACAGAAGACAAUUUAGAAAGAUCUUUUACAGAGGAAAAAGACGCAGCUGGGGACGCAGACAGCACUCGUGGCAGCGAUCUCUCGAAUGAGGAAAAGUCGAAGGGAAGUGUCAAAGAUAAUGUGGAUAGUGUAUUCUUACGACCACCUCCAGCAGGCAAAGUCAGAUCAACACCGUCGACGCAAGAAGAAGACAGUUGUGGUAUAAAAUGUUUGUACUACACAUUGCAGUGUUGUGAUUGCGUUCUUAUGUGAUUUGAGGGGCCAAAUGUAUACAAGUGUACGUACAGAGUAACGUAGGGUGAAGGGCCCGGUAAGUGUGGAGCUUAUGAAAAACUAACUUGGUUCUAGUUUAUAUUUCGUGUUCGUCAAAUAUUCUUAUAAGUAAGUACAGUAUCUUGACAGAAAAGUAUUGACUGUCCAUACAUUUUGUAUUAUAUUGUACAGCCUUGGCUCGUGCAGAAGCGAUUGGUGCUUCCUUUUAGUUCCACAUAUGCUCCGCGUAAGUCUCCAUAAAAAAUAUAAACAAUACUUCGUAUUGUUCCUGCUAAUACCUCAGUAUAAAGGUGAGAUUAAGGGCCUGUUUCACAAUGUAUGGAUAAAGUACCAAAUAACUAUGCUACACAUAAAUUAUUCGAAAUAUAAAAGUUCUAAAUAAGAUACUUCGCGUUUGUUUUAACGCGCUGUUUAUCCUACCAAUAAGUAAUAAAUAGCUUAUUUGGAACUUAUCCGGUCAUUGUGAAACAGGCCCUUAGAAUCAAGACUUACGUGAAACGAAAACGUGGGCUAUAGUUACCGUUUUUGUUAACAUAGUUAUGUUGAUUUUCUAUGUAAAGAGUAACUUUAUAGUCCACGUUUUACAAUAAAAACGUUUUAACUUUUCUUGUGUAUUCUCAGUACUGUAAGACCCUUUUUUAUUAAUAAAAUUUAGGGCUAUAAAAUCAUUAUAUGAAUUUAAGAAAUUUUAUUAACUUUACUGGAUUUUAAAGUAUUUUAGUUGAUUUAAAAUUAAGUCAAUACGAAUCGAUUUUCAUCGCAAAAAUUAAAAUAAAAGCUAAGGACCGUGAUAGGUCAACAUGAGUGGGCUCGUUUGACCCCUAUCAUAUAAACUGUCUACCAUGUCAACAAAUAUUUAAAGCAACGUUUCAUAAUUUUGAUUGCCCUUUCGAUCCAGUAAUAAAUGAUACUUAUAAAAAUAUACAUAGUAUACAUUGGUAAAAACCUUGGACAAUACUCCAGUGAAUCUAGUAAGAUACUCGAUUUAAUAUUAUUAAGAUAUUUACAUGUAUUUCUGAUAGAAUGUAAUUUUAUAUGAUUAUUGAUUUUUAAUAGACAGGGUAGCAAAUGUGCCAAAAUCAAAGUGUUCCUUAUAGAGAAUCUGUAAAAACAUUUUUGUUUGACUACUUUGGUGUUAUAGAAUAGUAUCUGAUUCUCCUUGAAACUUAUCCUUUUAUAUCGACUUCAAAACCUUUAAAAAAAUUUAACAAAAUAUUGUAUACACCUGGAAGCAUGUUUUCAUAUGAAUAAUGAAAUUAACAAAUUAAGGAUUUAAUAUUAUUUGAAUUUACUCCCUUUUUUUUACUUUGACGCAUGAAAAUUUAAUUAAUAAUAUUUCGCUGAAUGCAAUCUAUACAUUCCAGGUCUAUAAUAAAUCAAAAUAAAUAUAUUUUCAAAAUAAAAAACGGCACCACGGCACAAAUAUAUUUGAUGCAACAGCCGUCUGUCUGUCGUCGUCGUGAUGAUGAAACCAUUUCGGUUUUAUAAUUUUGAACCUAGGUUAAAAAUGUAGUACAUUUUAAAAACGAAAUCUAAAUUCUUAUUCAAUUGGAAAACAGAUCUGAUAUGUAAAUUAGAAUUCGCGAUUGCGAUUCGUACCGCGCCAUGUUUGCCACAUCAACAAUCGGAUAUUAAGAAAUAUGUAUAUCAAAAUAAUACAAAAAAUCAGUGUAGCUAAAGAGUACUCGUGUUCAAAGACGACGCCAGGAGGUUGUCCCAAGGGGCAGGGGCUAGAAGCAGGUACAGAGCUUGUACCUGCUUCUAUGAUGCAAUAUCAUAAGAUUAACGUAAAGUAAUUCAAUUUUUACAAAUUAUUGGUUUUUCGAUUGUAGGCUGUCUCUACAGCCGCCUGGCGUCGGGAUUUAAAUAUAUUUUUUAAAAUUGAAUAUAAGAACCCUCCUUAAAAUGUUUGAGAAAUCUUAAUACGACAGAAUUUGGCGUAAUCUUUUUAAUGUUUCCGUCCAAAUGAUUUUGUAGUUAUUUAUAUAUUGUAGUAGAUUUAUGACAUAUUGUAGCAAUAAAUACAGAUAAGAUA